UACUUAGGAGCAAUGUUGUUUCAAGUGUUCUUAUAUUGCUGGUAUGGCAACGAGCUUGAUUUAAAAAAUAAAAGUAUUGCACAUGCUAUUUAUGCUAGUAACUGGACAAUAAUAUCGGCAAAGCAACGCAAAAGUUUAUCAUUUAUGAUGAUGAUGAGCCAAGGUGGCAGAAUGCUUUCUUUUUAUGGAAUCUGCUCAUUAAUUCUUAGUACUUUCACAUGGAUUUUAAAAACAUCCUAUUCUUCUUUCAACUUGCUGCAGCAAGCUACGAUUUAAUAUCUUCGUAUCUAUUCUUCAACAACUGUAGUACCAUUCUAAUCAAAUUAACA